ACAUGUAGCUACGUAGGUCCUCGAAAUCAAGUCAGACUCAGGAGUAAGAGUCCUUUCACUGCCAUUCACUGAUUCAGCUAGGGAGGCCGUUGACGGCGUUGUGGCUUGGAAGACUGUUGCUCCUUCACUCCAGCCCCAUUACAUGAACUUUCUAGUUUCUUUGGCACAGUUUGAACGAAACCCAUCCAUCGUGUGUACGCAGCUCUCGAUACACUGGUUGCGUUGGUUCUGAUUUUUGCUGAUAUUUCAGCAGGCAUGGCUCUUCGGUCCUUCAGUAUUAUUGUGGCAGUUGACUCUCAAAUGGGUAUUGGCAAGGAUAACAAUCUACCCUGGAGACUUCCGAAGGAAAUGAAGCACUUUACCCGUACAACAUCGCACACUACCCGAGAAGGCUGCCAGAAUGCCGUCAUUAUGGGUCGCAAGUCGUGGGACGCCAUUCCGACAAAGUACCGGCCAUUGCCUAAUCGCCUCAAUAUUGUGCUUAGCCGUUCAUUGAAGCAGCAGCCAGAUGGUGCUCUCUUGUUCUCUAACCUUGGGGAAGCGUUGGCACACUUGGGAACGGACACGACCAGGCGGGAGAUAGAGAAUGUCUUCGUCAUCGGCGGUGGCCAACUGUAUGCUGAGGCAUUGAUGUCGGAAUACUGUCAGCGAGUGUACCUGACGCGCCUGAACAAGUGUUUUGACUGUGACGUGUCACUGCUCUCCACGGACGCCUGGCUGCCCCAGUAUGUAGUGUCCAGUGAUCCCAAUGUCGAUCAGGAGCUGCAAGAAGAGAAGGGUAUUCAGUAUCAGAUCCACGUGUACGACAGACAGCCCGUUGCUGCUGCCCCUGUAGCUGCCUCAUAGCUGCUGAUGACCAGCCACCAGAAUAGUACGUUGUAUUAAACUGCGCUUGUGUUGGUGUUUGUGUCCGGUUUAGUCAUGCUCGUGUUUCAUUGCCAUGUUAGUAGAGCGCAGAGCUUCUCUACUUUUUAUAUGGCUCCUCCGUGUUUGCAGCUACUUGUACAUGUGCUCCUUGUGUGUAGUAGCUAUUGGUGAUUGCCAGUACUCCGUUGAUCACUACUCAUGUGUGUUUAGAGGACACACACACACACACACACACACACACACACACACACACACACACACACACACACACACACACACACACACACACACACACACGCACACACAUGCACACAUGCAAUGUUACUCAGUUGAUCACUAGUCGUGUGUUUAGGGGACACACACACACACACACACACACACACACACACACACACACACACACACACACACACACACACACAUACUAGUACUAUAAUGCUCUCAGUUGAUCAUUUAUCACGUGUUUUGAGGUCGCGCACGUGUCGGAAAGUAUAAACAUUUCAAGGCGGUGCAUGUCAUGAAAAUUAAUAAUCACUGUUAUUAUAUAUCCUGUGUAAGCUUCUUUUGCAGCGCAGCUUCAUACCCUUGUUGAAAUUUUACUUUUUAAAUUUUUAUACUAGAAGUGAUGAUUUUUAUGUUACCUGAAAUUGUACACGACUACAAGCUGA